GUGGGGCAGUGGAUUCUCCCUGGGUUGCAUCCUGAAUCUCACAGGAGCUAUCCGUGGUGCCGGCCCCCAGUGGCAAAACCAUUUCAGCACCAAGGAGAGCUCCCCAGAGGUUGCGACCACCGCUCAGAAGGCCUGCCUUCCUCCACCCACCCAGCGGGGGCCCAGCCUCCCCAGCCCGUAUUGCUCCCUGCUCUGCCAUUGCUGCUGGCUGCUCUCCCACUUCCCUGGACGCCAAGGCUUGUGCUGGAGCUAGCUUUCCCUGCCUGCUGUAGCCGCCCCUACUGCCCAUUUCUGCCUUUGGACUGCCCUGGACAGCUGGGAGUGUGAAAGCCUGGCACACUCGGCAAGGAGGACAUGCGGAUGGCCAGCCAUGCCACUGUGUCGAGAGCAGCAAAGGUCUUGUGGCUGGGGGAUGGUGGGAGAUGUAGUCCAGCACACCUGGAUGGAAUCCAGCGGUGGAACACUCAGGUCCAGAAGGCAAAGAGGAAAGAUGGGGCUGCAGAAAGACUUGUGGUGUGGGGGAAGGUAAGGGGAGGAGGGGGACCUAAGCAAGAUGCUUUCAGUGGGGAGGGCUCCUCUUCCCAAGAGCAUCUGCCUGCUCCUUCUUACCUGUGGUGAACUGCCUUUCAAUUUUGGUGUGCAGGUCCUACGUAUGUAAAAAAAUCAUUACUGUACACUUACAUUGGGAAUGCAGUGUACAAAUCUGAGACUGUACACCAUUCUGAGAGUUUUUACUAUAGAACGGAAUAUAAAAGCUCUAACUAAAUAAAUUUGCAUGGCUUUGCUUUUCUGUUGGUGAAAGCCAAGAGAGAUGGAGUGGAACAGCCAAACACUUCUGGUCGCUCUUCUUGCACCCUUCACUGCUUACUGGCUGUGGAAUAACGGGCAAACAAGCCACAACGAGGAGUAGGGAAAACAGUAGGGCAGGAGCCUGCAGAGAUUGGCAAGGGGGGCUUAGGAUGCGACAAUCGGCCUAUAACAGAAAAUGGGAGGAAGAAUAGCCACACAGGCUUGUGUGCAGAGAGGAGAAAAUUCUACCCUCCCGUUCCUACAAGGAACCCUUGGUGACUCCAUUUUUCUGUUUCUCUCCAUUUUAGCCUCACAGCCAGAACCCCACGAGGCAGGUUAGGCUAACAGAUGGGCCCUAAGUCACCCUGCGAGCUUCCUGGAGAGGGAGGACUGGAACCCAGCUCUCUUGCACCCCAGUCUAGCACGCCAGCCAUUAUGCCACCCUGGCCCCCCAGCUGGCCUCCUUGGUGGACAAAAAAUCAGGGCUCGAGCGAUCUUCGAGUUGUGCACCCUGCUCCAAAAAGCCGCUAACCUUCUUCUUUUCUUUGGCUAGGAUCCAUUGGGGAGCAGGUCUGCCAAAGCCAUCCCUAGGCUCGUAAGAUUGUACACCAAGGCUGUUGCCAUGUGUCUGGUGAAGGAGAGCUCUUCUGCCCACCCUCAGGUGCUGAAGGGCCUUCUGAUGUUCUCUGUUGAACUGCGACUUCCUCCUUCCCCAGAAUGCCCCUCGUGUCCGGCACCGCUGAGCCCAGCUCCGAAGAGAUCAUGGACCCCGUGCCCGAAGAGAUCCAGCAGGUCCUUUCCAUCGACCGGAUCUGUGCCAUCCGGGCCACAAAUGAUUAUGUGGAGAGACCGCCCUUUGCCAAGCCAGCACCCCCCAUCCUUCCCCUGUCGCAGCCGCUCCAGCCAGCCCACAAGCCAGAGGUGACUCAGGAGCGCCUGAUGUCCUCCGUCUUCCAGGACCUUCACGGCAGCCAGGGCCUGCCCCUUCCGCAGCCCCUGAGCCAUUCCAGCACCGCCAGCUCGAUCUCACACAGCACCUCUGCCUCGGAGCAGCGGCUUCUUGGGGGCAUCACGCCCUCGCACUCGGGGAACUCGCUAAUCCGGACGCAGCCCCGGGCGGGUGACUCGAAGCCCGAGGAGCUUCUGAAGGCCACGGCCGGGAAAUCCGCCUUCCACGCGGGCCACAUCUUCAUCUGCGAAGAGUGUGGCCACUGCAAGUGCGCCCACUGCGCUGCCGCCCGCAGCUUGCCCUCCUGCUGGCUUUGCAACCAGCGCUGCCUCUGCUCUCCAGAGAACCUCAUUGACUACGGGACCUGCCUGUGCUGCGUCAAGGGCAUCUUUUAUCACUGCUCCUCGGACGACGAGGACACCUGUGCCGAUGACCCCUGCUCUUGCGUCCCUGGAUCGUGCUGCGCCCGCUGGGUGGCCAUGGGCUUCCUCUCUUUGCUCAUGCCCUGCCUCUGCUGCUACUUCCCCACCUUGGGCUGCCUCAAACUGUGCCAGCGGGGCUACGAUGCCGUGAAACGGCCCGGCUGCCGCUGCCAGAAUCACACCAACACGGUCUGUCGGAAGAUCUCCUCCACAAGUGGAGCGACUUUCCCCAAGGCCUUGGACAAACCAGUAUGACUUCUCCUGGGAAAGGGGGAAGGGAAAAAAAUGGCUGUCCUCCUCCUCCUCCUCCUCCUCCUCUUCCCCCCCGCUUCCAUCCCCACCACCACUGUCGCCACCACCCUCUUCUUCAGCUUGCCCUGCUGAAAGGCUCCAGCAAAGCACAGAUGGAGCGGCUGGCCAGCCACGGAAGCCCCUGUGGAAGGCCGGUGCUUGCUCUGCUGUGGAGGAUGCCAUUCGUCCCCACUGGUCCCGGCUGGAGCUGCUAGGGUUCCAUGUAUUUCAGCAACGGCGGGACAGGUGGGAUGGGAACGGAGGCGCCACGGCCACAGGGAGGGGUGUUUGUGUGUGUGCGUGGAUAGGAAGGGUGGCUUUCCAUGUGAUGGUUCAGCCGUCUGCGGUGGCUCCCAAAAAGGGAAAGGCAAAGGGCAUUGCACUCAAGCGCUGUGCUUUCCCAGGGUCAGGCCAUCCUAUAGCGAAGUUCUCACACUUUCUUUCUUGCGUGAUCCUCCCCAACUGGCUUGCCUCUUGUCCUUCCCCCGGCAGCGCGACUAGCAGAGAUGCAGAGGCUAGCAGACCAUAGCAAGGGAAAGGUGACCAGACUGGAUGCAAGGCUAUGUCCGUGGCUGUGCAAAGCUGAGGAAGGUGGAUGCUGCCCUGGAAAUCAGCUGGGGAAGAGGCUGAUAGGUUAGGGUCGAGUCUCUUUUGAACGGUAGAGCCUCUUAAACAGGUUUUUGGUGUGGUAAACCCUGGCUAGCUGCAGAGACAAUGAGGCUGUGUUAGGGCAGGGUCUCAUGCAACCUGUUACCCACAGUCAGAAGUUGUCCGAGGUGAGGAUGAGAUGGGGAAAAAGCUGCCUUCCUUCCCAGGCAGGUUGGCUCCUGCAUACCUGUGAGCAGAAGGCCAGGGUGACUUGCUUCGCUGGAUUUUAAUUUUGCCCCGGUUCUGCUAAUGGGCCUGCAGAAGCUGCCUGCUGCUCCUUUCAGCCUGUCUGUCGCUUGCAUGUCCCAGCAUCACUCUUUGCUGUACAGACAAGCAGGUUCUUUCAGGGCAGCACUUUUAAGAGCCUGGGUGCACCUUCUUUUUUAAGCAAAGGGUGAAUGAUCAAGGCAAAAAGCCGAAGCUCAGAGGAAAGAUUGCUCAUUGCACACCUUCCCAUGCCAGAAGGUUUUAGCUGUGGGGCCAUAGUUUGGUGGCAGAGAUCUGCUUGACAUCUCCAGGUAGGACUGGGAGAACCCCUGUCUGAUUCCUGGAGAGAACUGCCGGUCAAUUUUAAGGGCCAUGGGUGAGAACAGGCCUUGGAUUGAGCCAUAUUUGCAUGCCGGCUGUUCCCAUGGCUCUGCUGGUUUGGGCUGGCGGAUAGCAAAACAUCUGUAGGGCCACGAGUUGCCCUCUCCUGGGUUAAAAGUAUAACUCCCAACUGGGGGGUGUGAUGGACAAGGCACGUUCUGUGCAAGACUGCGCCGAGUAUCCAUCUGCGCUGCCAGUCUUCUGCCUAGCCUCGGUCCUGAUGGAUGAGUGAGGGUGGCGUGGCAUGACGGUUCUAGAAGGUUCUGUCUGGGCAAGGCUGUCCUCUGUGGAGCAACGGGGAGCAGAGUGAUGGGUUGCAGCUGUGGAAGGCCCAGUUCCACCCCCAACACCUGCCGGUGGGGCCAGUCGGUGUAGACAAUGCCACCUGGAGCAUCCCUAUGCAGUAGCUUCCGACCUUUCUUCAGGCGUUUCCUUAAGAGGAAGAGCAGCACCAGCCAGCUCUGCGUAUCCCCUGCACAUGUUCAGUUGCUGGGCAAAUCGGCUGCUUCUGAGGUGGAGGGAGACUGUGUCCCCUGGUCGCCCUGGGGGGGCCGCAGGUGGCAAAGUGUGUGGCUCAGGUGCUCGUCCUUUCCUGCAAGUUGGCCGGAUCGAUUGGUGCUGGACCGAGAGAGUGAGAGGAGGGCCAGGACUGUCCAGCCUGGCAUCCCAGGUGCAUGCACGAUGGUCCAUGGUCACAAGGCAGGACUGCGUAACUCUUGCCCCAUGGGAGGGUGCAGCCUGAGGUCAGUCCAGUGACAGUCCAGCACUCACAGGGACGCGGGAGGCUGUCUUGUAGCAAGCCGUGCCGUGCCCUCGGCUCCUCCAGCUCGGCCUUGUUGGCAUUGAACACAGCAAUGGCUCUCCAGGGUGUCCGGGCAGGAGCUUUCUUUCCCGUCAGUGGAGGACUGAACCGGGUGUCCCUCACAUGCAGAACAUCCGUUUGGCCCCUGUGCCUGCCCUCCCCUCAUCCCCGGUCGGCAGCAGAAGCGGAAUGGCAACGGGCCACCCGUGGGCUUGUUGGGCCACCUGUGGCUUGGGCAUCCCGCAGAUCAGCCCUUCCCAAGACCACCCAGUCAUGGAAUCCUGUCCUGCCAACUCUGGCAGCCGCACGUCUUCUGCUGGCUGUCCCAGUUUGGGACUAUUGCAAAAGAGGUCUUCUCUUGAGGACUUGAAAGCAAUUGGGAGGCUACUUACCCCAUCUCGAAUUCUAAUUUCUACCAAAAAUGCUCCCUUUCUGGGGCAGAGGUGGCCAAAGAGAAUAGGCCACUGCUUCUGCUGUGGUCAGAAGGCGGAGUCCAAACCGUUCAUGCUAGAAAAUGAGCCGUGUGGUUGGGUGAAAGGGUGCAGCAGCUGCUCUGCACUCAAUAUCGCUUGUGUGCAUGGCGGAAAGAAUGCUUGGAGGGCUUUGGCCCAUGGAAUCUCUGGGUCUGAAGACUCUUGUUUGGGUCAGGAUGGCUAUUGUAGUGAUCGGUUUAUUUUCUCCUUUCAAAGACCCUCCCCUUCCACUUGAGUUCUGUAAGGAACUGAGCACCACGGACUGGAGCGUUCUCUCCUCAGUCAGGCAUUUAUAGAGUGUGUCCUCAAAUUUUUGUUUCCCCUACCUUGCCUUAUAUAAAGCAUAAUAUCUGCUCAUAAUGUAUCUCCUUGUUUGUUGUAUAUAUUUUUUUAACUGCAUUCUUCCCAUUAAAACAAAAGCAUAAUAUUUAUUUGAGAAGUUUAUUUUAAAGUUCUAAAGGCAAUGCAUCCUAAUGUAUUUAUUAUAACCUCUUGGUUGUACAUCUCUUUCCCCCACACCUCUCUCUUUCUCUUGCAAAUCUAAUUAAGCUGUUAUUGAACACUGCUGAAGUGAAAGAAAUGAUUCUAUGGGUGGUGUUUCAAACCACGAUCAAAGCAACUAUUCAAUAAAAUAUAUAUAUAAAUUUUGAA